AACCAACCAAUCUUAUCAUCUUCAAUUGUCUCAUUGGUUACUUAAAUAUUAAACCAAAAUGAACUUUCAAACAGAUAUAAUACGUGUCCUGUUGAUCAUUCUUUCUCUUUGAUUACUACACUUGUUUUCUUAUUUUGUAGGUUUACUGCACAUUCACUUCUCCAAAACGAAUUGGAGUGCAUUGCUGGUGUUUUUUUGGCAAGGAAGCCAAGACCUUAAUAGCCAACCCAAUUUCUAAAAUUGGUUUUAAUUGUGUUCUGUUCCUGUCAUUGUGGUCUCCAACAUAAAUUCCUAAUGGAGAAUAAUUCAGAUCUUGAAGCUGGCGCUGCUGCUGUGUUACUUCUCCAAAUUGGCAAGAGAGAGGGAGAGAUUGAAGAUGAGCCACAAGAGAGUGCAAAGAAGCAAAAGACAGAUGAGGUUGCUGAGGAGCAAAGGAAUAAGGACGAAAUUGUUUCAGACAAUUCCUUUUCAGAUUCUGAUCCAGAUAUGGGGCAUAUGGAUAUUCACGAUGGUUAUAAUUCUGAAGAAAGUGAUGAAGCAACACAGGAAGAGAUGGAUGCUUUGCCCGUAAUGAGUUCAGAGAAUAGUGUGGAAGGAAUUGAAGAAGAAGACUCUAAAACGCCUCGAGAUGCUAGAAUGCUAUCUACAAUGAAUGAACAAUAUGCUGGAUCAAGGACUAUAUGUACUAAAAACUUGUCAUACAGUGUGGAACGCACUGAUUUGGAAGAUCUUUUCAAAGAUUGUGGAGAAAUUGUUGAUAUUCGUCUACACUUAGACAGUGAAGGGAGGUUCAGAGGCUUUGGACAUAUUGAGUUUGCAUCGGCAGAAGCAGCACAAAAAGCUCUUCGGUUAAAUUAUACAGAACUGUUGAGAUGCCGAAUGAGAAUUCGUUUGGCUCCACAAAGGCAUAAGUAUACUUCCAAUAGAAGUUUACAUGUUAAUCCUAGCAACUCAAUUAUUCAAAGGACUGAAAAAACGCAGCCAAUGAAAGGUUCAGAGCCUUCAUUGGACUAUGAACAAGAAGCUCAGCAGUCAAAAAUGCACUCUACCUUGGAAGCACAGAAGGCUACGUCAGAGACAAUAUAUGUUGCAAACUUGUCAUACAGUGCGGAGCAGACUGAUAUGGAGUUCCUUUUCAAGGAGUGUGGAGAAAUUGUCGAUAUUCGCCUACAUACCGAUGAUAAAGGGCUGUUUAAGGGAUAUGCACAUGUUAAGUUCGCAACUGCAGAAGCUGCACAAAAAGCUGUUGAAUUGAAUGGUACAAUACAUUUGGGACGUUGCCUUAGAGUUGAAAUAGCCCAUGAAAAGGGUGAAUAUGGCUCCAACAAAAGCAACUGGAGCAAGUCUAUCCUAAAGAGUGAAAUAAGUCAGUCCACCGAAAGUUCAAAGAGUUUACAGCACCAUGACGAAGAGAUUGAGGGAAAAGCCUCCGGAUUUCCUUGCGAAAGUUCUACAAGGCUACCUACUUUGGAAGAACAAAAUGGUCCAUCAAAGACAAUAAAUGUCAGAAACUUGUCAUACAGUGUGGAACGGGCUGAUAUGGUGUACUUUUUCGGAAAAUGUGGAAAAAUUGUUGAUGUUCGUCUGCAUAUGGAUCACAAAGGGAGGUUUAAUGGCUUUGGGCAAGUUAAGUUUGCUACUGCUGAAGCUGCAAUAAAAGCUGUUGAGUUAGAUAAUACAGAAUUGUUGCAACGUCACAUUCGAGUUGAUUUGGCCGAAGAAAAAGGUCAACAUGCCCAUAAUCGAAGCAACUGGAGCAGCAUGUUUCAGAAUUGUGAAAGAGAUCAGUCUCCAAUUAUAUAUGUGAGGGGUUUCAAUCGUUCCCUUCCAGUAGAAGAGAUAAAAGCUAGCCUAGAGAAGCAUUUUGGUUCUUGUGGAGAGAUUGUAAGGAUAUCAAUUCCAAAAUGUCGUGAGUCUGGUGAUGUUAAGGGGUUUGCUCACUUGGAGUUCAACCAUGUUGCUUGUGUGAAUAAAGCUCUACAUCUUGAUGAGAGUGAGUUUGGAGGUUAUCGCUUGACAGUUGAAAAGGAAAAGCCUCGGCGUGAGAACCGAGGUAUACGCGGUGGAAGAGGUGGAAGAGGAGGUGGUCGUCGUGAAUUUGGUGGAAGAGAUGGCAGUGGUUAUAGCAGCAAAGUUGAUUGGGGGAGAAGUAGUGGUCGUGGGUGGCAUUCUCUUCAUUUUUCUGAUGAAAGCACGGGGAGGAAAAACCAAUUUCAGUGAUAAUGACUAUCACAGCAGAUGUUGGAAAUUUUGGAUUUAUGUAGCUGUCAUUCAAGUUUUGCAUUUGGGUUUAUGUAACUGUCUAUUGGAUUGCUUUUGUGGGUACAUGUAUCUGCUGCUGCUGCAGUUUUGAUGUUGUGUGGAACACAAAUUGGUUGCAAUCGGGAAAACGGGGUGUUUAACCCAACAAUUUUUUUUCUAAAAUUGAUAAAACAUCAUUCUUGUAUGACGUUGACGUUGUUCAAUUUUGGUUCUUGUAAAAACUGAAUCAAUUCAAACUAAAUU